AUGAUCUCAUCGUCUGAUUCUGUCACGACACCACCUCCUCCUCCGGCAUCGUCUUCCUCAUCUUCUGGUGGAAAUUCUGGAAAUUCUGGAGGAUCAGAAGACGCCAACGUCAACACAUCAAAACCAUCACCAUUGAUGGACCAUCGUACUGUACGAGAGGCGUUGAUGAGUACAACUCAGUCAAUGGUUAAGAGGGAAUUGGCAUCACCGUCGUUCUCUCCGAUGCCAAUGGGAUUUGAUGUAACAUCAGACGGUCUCUCGGCGUUGUCCGUCGUCGGUACCAUGAUGAUGAAGGAGGCGAAUGGUGCUGCUGGAAACGGUAUCGGAGUUGGUGCAGAUGGACAACAGGGAUUCGGAGAUUUCAAUUAUAUGAAUAUGAUGCAACCGAUUCAUUUAGCAGCUAUUGGUCGUCAUGGAUCUCAUGGAUCAGAACGUCAUCUGUCCACGGAGAGUGCAAUGACCCAAGCACCAGCAUCUGUCCAAUCCACGAAACGAUCACGAUCGACACACGAUGGAUUGAUGAAAUGUCAAUUUUGCCCGAAGAAAGUGAACAGCGAAGCAGCGCUAGAACGUCACAUGGUGGAGUGUCGAAUGAUACGUCCACACGAAUGUGAUCGGUGUUUCAAACGAUUCAAAGCUCGCGGUGGACUUCAACAACACAUGAGAAUUCAUAACAAUGAGAAGGCGUACGUGUGUCAAUACUGCGCUAAAAGUUUCACACAGAAAAGUCAUUUGGAUCAGCAUGAAAGAAUUCAUACAGGUAUCAAACCAUUCCUUUGUGCAUUCUGUGGACGUGCAUUCCGUCAACGUUCUCAACAAAUUGGACAUGAAUCAACUCAUCUCAACCACUUCUCAUCUUCAUCGGCUCAACAAACUCCUGGCCAGACGACACCAUCAUCGUCGUCGUCCACAUCUUCAGGAUCAUCUGGAGAGAAACGAGAUGAUGUCAUCGGAGGAGGAGGAGGAGGAGGUCAGAAUGGAGGGCAGAGUUCUGGUCAACAGCAACAACAACAACAACAACAGCAGAUGUUAUUGCACCCAACACCACCAACUCCAUCACCGGAACAACAGAAUCAACUGAAUAUGGCAGCGGUUGUAAUGCAACAAAUGCAUCAUCAUGCUCGUCAACACACCGAACUCUCUUCACUUCUCGCAUUGAAUCAUGACUUUGUUCAUCAGAAUGCUGGUCAAAACGGCGGACAACACCAUCAAUUCGGCCAAUCAACUGCUGAAGCUACAGCCAAUGGAAUGAGAAUGCUUAGCCAUAUCGCCUCCUAA